AGCAUAUAACAAAUAACUUGAUAGGAUUAUUCAAAUACAAGAGUUUCAAAUGGCUAGCCUUCAACCUGAGAAACAAACACUUCUCCAUCACCACACCGAGAAACACUUCACCGCCGGCGAAAUCGUCCGUGACAUCAUCAUCGGCGUUUCCGACGGACUCACCGUCCCCUUUGCCCUCGCUGCUGGUCUCUCUGGUGCCAAUGCCACCUCUGCAAUCGUCCUCACUGCCGGCAUAGCAGAAGUCGCCGCCGGCGCCAUCUCCAUGGGUCUCGGCGGUUAUUUGGCAGCAAAAAGUGAAGCUGAUCAUUACGCUAGAGAAUUGAAAAGGGAGCAAGACGAAAUCAUUGCUGUACCUGAUACUGAAGCCGCUGAGGUGGCAGAAAUAUUGUCUGAAUAUGGGAUAGAGGAACAUGAAUAUGCACCUGUUGUGAAUGCUCUAAGAAAGAAUCCACAAGCAUGGCUUGAUUUCAUGAUGAAAUUUGAGCUGGGACUAGAGAAACCAGAUCCAAGGAGAGCAUUGUAUAGUGCAAUGACAAUUGCAAUUUCUUACAUAUUGGGUGGAUUUGUUCCUCUCAUUCCUUACGCGUUCAUUCCAAAGGCAACAGAGGCAGUUCUUUAUUCAGUAGUUGUUACAUUGAUUGCAUUGCUUGUCUUUGGAUUUGUUAAGGGAUACUUCACUGGCAAUAAACCUAUAAAAAGUGCUUUGGAAACUGCUCUCAUUGGUGCCAUUGCUUCUGCUGCUGCUUUUGGUUUGGCAAAGGCUUUCCAUCCAUAGUACUACUUUCAUGCCAACAAACUCUACCUACCUCUUUUCACAACUAUUAUUUAUUUCUUCGCUGUUUACUUGUGAUGGCAAGUGGCAACUUUUCAUAUAUUUUCUUGCCACACUUUUAUGAACAACUACCUUUUUAACUUUUCAUUUUUAAUGCUCUCUUUUGAUAAAUAGAAUGAGUAUUCAUUUUGUUGCUACUAUUUGCCGCCACCACCAUCUGAAGAGGUGUUAAUUAGCUAUUGUUGUAAUGCAAGAUGGCAAGAUACUAAGAUUUAAAUGGUUGCAUACGGUAAAAAGUGAAUGUUUCAAAUCA